AUGGCUUUUCGUGCCCUGGAGAAAACCACAAGACUGCAGAGCAAGAGCAACACUUGGUUCGAGUAUCGGGCUGGCAGAAUCACUGCAUCAAACUUCAGGGCUGCUGUGAGCACAAAUCCUGUCAGUCCAUCAGUCUCCCUGAUAAAACGGAUCUGCUAUCCGGAAGCCUACAAGUUUAGCACUGCAGCAACAAGGUGGGGGUGUCAGCAUGAAAGCACUGCGAUCAACAGCUACAAAGAGAUGCAGGUGAAGGAUCAUGACAGUCUGAAGGUGGGAGAUUCUGGCUUUCACAUCCAUGCAGAGCACACCUUCCUUGGGGCCACACCUGAUGGGCUUGUCACCUGCAAGUGCUGUGGGGAAGGUAUCCUGGAAGUGAAGUGUCCAAUGUGCGUGAAGGACAAAACCUUCGAGUCUGAGGCAGACCAGCAGCACCGCCAGUUUUGCUUAGAGUUGAGAGGGCAAAGAUUACAGUUAAAGCACAGUCAUCCCUACUACUUCCAGGUACAGGCCCAGCUGGCAUGCACUGGUCGCAACUACUGUGACUUUGUGGUAUGGCGAGGUGCAGGGAAGACAACACAGGAGCUCCACAUAGAGCGCAUCUACCCUGACGUUGCCUUCUUUUCUACAUAUGUAGCAAAGGCAAAGACCCUGUUCAAUAAGUGCAUUAUGCUAGAACUUGUUGGUAAAUAUUACACUUCUAGGCAACACCUAACUUCUGUCACUUCAUAGUAUAACACCAAAUGGUCUGAGUCUCGAAAUAUUGAUAACUUGUGACAAAUCACUGUGUCUGAGACAUUGUUUUGGUUAAUGAUGUUGAAUUUUUUCGGCUUCUGUGCCGUCAUGUUAUGGCCAAAUAGCCUGAAACUUAGAACCAUUUUUGAACAUUCAAUGUACAGUGGUAAUCCUUUAGAAUAAUGUUAUAAUAGAAUAAAUUAUAAAUUAUUAUAAAUCAAUGUUACAAAUAAUUUAAUGUAAUAUGAAAAAGUUAACUGAUGAAGUACAUAUUUUUGUCCUGUAAGUAUUGUAAAUACCCGUAACUCUUUUAACUUAAAACAAAUAUUAUUAUACCAUUGAAGAAGGAUAUCAUAAACAUGUACAGAGACCUGCGUAAUGUAAAAAAUGUUUACUCAAUAAUUCAUCUACAAAAAUUGAGAUAUUGGCACUAUAUUGAUUGGUUCUAGCCUAUUGCCAGGCAAUUAUUUUUAGUUGGGCCUACCCAGUGCACAAUUAUUCUGUGUAACACAAUGUCUGCUGUCCGGGGCUGUAACUUCUAGGAGGCCAGCACAUGUUUUGCGAGCUGCUAUAAGUGAGAUUUAAUCAGGCUAGUGCACCAUGGUACACAGCGAACCUAACUAAAGAUGAGGACCCGACCCGGGUUCCUUUACAUAGAUUUUAUAAUACAAUAUAUUACAAUAUCCUGAGACAGAAUUUUUUCUCUUAUCCCAUUAGGCUUCUGUCUAAUAUCAAUAAACACUUUUGAUGAUGUACAUAUAUAUGUACAAUUUCUCUUUUAGCACCUAACACCUUACUUCACCUCACUUACCAACAAGAUGUAAACUUUCUCACUUCUAACACUGAUGAAGUUGCGAUUAAACCUUUUGUCACCAGGACCUGGUUUGGCGUUCACGUAUCUACCAUUUCAAGAACUGUACAUAUAGAAUACAACACGGUGUAUUCCGUAUCGCCCAAGGUAUCAGCCCGACCGCGGGUCGGAUUGCCCGAAGGCCGGAGGGUGAUCCGACCCGCGGGAGGGCUGAGACCGAGGGUG